UAGAGAAACUCUACAAGUAAAAUAGGAUUUUCCGUGCGGCAUGUUUGCCAGUGAAUGCACGAGACAUAAUUUAUGAUUCGUUUCGUGAAUCCAGACGGAAUUGUCAAAGAGUCAGUUUACACGUGUAGUACUUGUAUACAGAUUUGAAUGGACCACUGAACCACUAGAGAUUGAACUGCGUAAUUUAUAGUACGUUGGUUAGAUAUGUUUUGUCGGCAAAUAUAUAGAGUAAUGGAGACUGCCACUUCAAAACAAUAAAAAUCUUCGUCACAAGCUAAUGGCAAAUACGACUAAGCACAUGAGAACCCCAGGGAUUAAAUUGCCCUUACAAUCAUCCCAUUACGAUGCGACUGGGCUUAUGGCGGAGAGACUGGAACCGGCGGAACUACAUCCUUCAAUACAGUUACUACUCGAGUCAUUGUUAGAAUCAUUAUAUUUUAGCAUCUAAUAAACACAGGGUAUAUUGAUCUUUCGAAAUCAAUGAUAAUAUUAAUAGAUGGAUUGGAUCAUUCUCAAAAUUAUUUAUGUAUACUUUACGUAUAUUUUACAUUAUUUAACUAUUCGAUCCGUGGUACAGUGUAUUGACUGUACCUACGAAAUGUCACUUGACACUUCUGCUCUUGACGAUGUCAAGAGUUUCAAGCGCUUCACGAGUGUAGGAGUUUUACAGGGAUCUUAUCAGACUCGUCGCAUCCGGGCAUUAGAUAAGAAAGAGAAAAAAAGUCAAAAAGUCAUGAGCCCGGCUAUCAGGAAUAUUUCAAUGAAUAAUGCGCUAUUGGAAAAUGAAAUUUUGCAACGUUCUCAUCACGCUAAAAGCUUCCGGUGCUUAUCCUCGAGUAAUCUACCUAAUUGGCUACCUUCGUACUGUUGGAUGUUUUGCAAAAUUGAUUUUCUCGAAAUGGCAAGCUGGCAAUUCGUAAGGGAUGCCGUUUUACGUAGUGUGUUAUUUCUCGAAUGAGUGCAUUGCAUGCAUCUAUGUAUAUGUAUGCUACAUGUACAAGGGAGUGGAGAGUGCAAGAUUCAUCGUUUAAGUAACAAUGCUGGGGCUGGACCAUGUGAUGCUUCUACGACUGGAGGCUCAGUGUUUCAUGAGUGGCCAACGAGGGUCGGAGUUCAUUGUACUACAAGUGCAUUCCGAGUAGCAACGCCGCCAAUUGUGACGGUGGCAUUGAAUGUGAAGCAGUCUGUAAUAUAACAGCCAGAGGACACAUAACAGUCGAGUCUGAAAUAAAAGUCUGUUCCUACUAAAACCUGUGCAGCCCUUGGUCACGUGCGGAUCUCCCGAGUUUUUCCUUGAACGUGAUAGAAAAAAGUGUAAAGUGAUAUGGAACGUGUGGAGUAUGGAGAUUUUGGAAAUACUUGAGGCGAGGAUUGGGAUUGAAAUUUUGAUAAGCAUUGCGGAACGCUACUCGAGAUAAUGGCGGCAUUGCCUGCUGGUAGAAAUCAUUUGCUCGUACCAAGUACAUCUUAAAACCAGAACCCUAGCGUCUGGCCUCUUUUGGUGGCCACUGUAAAAGAACGGAGUUCGCACACACGGUUUUUCCGAUCACGUGUCAACAUGCACUUAUGGAUUCCACAGUUGUUGAUCCUAGCUGUUUUACCGUCGCUCCUAGCGCUCACUGGCGACCACGUGUGUCCUCGGGUGGAAAAUUAUACGGUAACAGUACGUGAGAUUUACGUCGAACCGGUUAUAGUGAAAACGUUUACCUGGUGUUUUGAGAUACCACCCAGGUGUCCAAAAUCACGUACGGAGAUGAGAGAGCGAUUUCGCAUUAAGUAUGACUUCAAGCUGAGAAACGUGAGUGAAUGUUGUGAAGGAUACACAGUUCAAGAAAUUCAUGGCGAUUCCGGUGUGGAGGCAAAGUGUGUUCCACAUUGUGAGGACUGCUUAAUGGGUGUUUGCAUUUCGCCAAAUACUUGCCAAUGCGAAUCGGGUUAUCAGGGUGAUAACUGUGCUUAUGAAUGUCCGCCAGGUUCCUGGGGUAAACAAUGCAUGCAGCAAUGCAGCUGCGGCCCUGACGCUGCAUCCUGUCAUCCUGUAGAUGGGAGCUGUCAAUGUCCACCAGGAUGGCAGGGACCACUAUGCAACAAACGGUGUCCAAGUGGUAAAUGGGGUGUAAAUUGCCAGUCGACGUGUUUCUGCAAAAAUGCACAGAUCAGCUGUCACCACGAGACUGGAAAAUGUUUCAAUUUUACUGUGUCCGUCCCUGAGGUACCUCUCGUGCAAAAUUGGACAAAGGGAGAACUCUUUCGUGCUUCGCAUGUAUCCAGUGUUACAGUGGAACCACAAGAAAGUAAUGUUUAUGAGACUGAUAGGGAAAGUACACUGACGGAUUAUCAGGCCGUUAGCGAAACUUAUAGAUUCGUUAAUCUCACGAGAUACACUCGUACGACGGAACACGUGGAAGAAAAUACGGACGUCAUCGGUACAUCUACCGAACCGAUUGGAUCGAUGAUGGAAUCCAAAGUCCUACAGAUUUCGACACCUGCCUAUACCGAGGAAGGCUACCAAAGUGGUGAUGAUUAUUCGAUGACAGAAGAAACUACGAAAGUUUCCAGCACGGAGUAUAUUUCCGGUUACGAGAGAGUCGUUGCUAAAGAUUUGGAGGUAAACGGUACCGAGAUGAAAUCUUCAAUGGCUAUGGAAGAUACGAAUGACGUUGAUCGUAACGACGCUACGAUGUCGCCAAAACCUGAUUUCGUGAAAACCAUUCAAAAAGUUGUUUUUUUCUCUUCAGAAGAAGCACAAACUAUACCUGUGGACAUAACGGUGCUGAUUAUCGUUGGAUCAAUCAUAUCGCUGGGUCUCACGUCGAUAGCUGUACUUAUGGUAUAUCAUAUGCGGUCGAGAUUAUUCGAGACUGUGCGACUGUCGAUCUACAAUAACGAGAAAAAUGAGAAUUCACAGGAGAAGGGAAAUACCGUGAAAAUUCCGAAGAUCGCUGCCAGCACUCUUCCACAACCACCAACCUUUGUCAAUCCUAUAUUCACGUCCAGUCCUGAGGGUACGCUUAUCACUUUGGAUGGUGCUGAAUUGAAUAAAACUUAUGCCAAUAGAACAGCAACUAUCAGCAUCCGACUCUCGGGUAACCUCCGAGGUGAGGAUAAUCCUCUGUAUCUUCUCGAAAGUCAUUACGAUCGUCCACCAGCUGCAACUUGUUGUCACGCGGUGGAUAUGAAUGGGGAACAUGUCUACGAUGAGAUACCACUCACUACGCCACUGUGCAUUCGCAAAGAAAUAUAACGUGAAUUUCACGUGGAAGGAUACAAAGAGAAAGUAUAAUUGUGAUUUAAACAAUUUAAAAAAAGAAACUACCAGCGAAUUUCGUUUAUACCAACUUCAAAGAUAUUUACCAAAGUGCACUAACUUUAAUUAUCAUAUCCAAGACUUUGUUUUUUAAAGUUUACAUGUUUGGACUUAAUUAUACUUAAGAAUAGCAUUGAUCAUAGUAUAUAUAGCAAUACCUAUAAGUAUUAUUUAUACGAAAUUAAUAAUAUCGUUAUGCCCAGAUACCAGGCAUUAGGUGAUUAUACAAUUGAAAUUUUCAAUAUGAUAUUUAUGUAUAGCGAAUCAUUCAACUGUCUUACUAGUUAAUUGCAAAGUCCAUUGAGUAUUAUUCAUAGUACGUCUACAUUUUUAUGAAUAAUCGAAAGCAGGACAUUGCUGAUGUCAAUAGGUGACGGAUAAAGAGAUGAAGACAAAGUCUUAUCAGGAAUGUUUCAUACUUCCUCGACGUUCUUCAUUGUUUAUCGAGAGUCUACAGAAAUACUUAUUAUCGCAAUCAUUUCGUAUAAAGUUGAAUACUUAGAUCGCACUAAUUAAGUCAUUAUCACAAUUCUACGUAAACCAUGCAAUUACCAGGCUUAAUGUUAAAUAAAAGAAAUUAAACAUAUCGUCAAAAUAAAAAGAUGAAGUAACGCUUGAAAA